UGUCUCUGCAGGUGUCAUGUGAGUCUCCUUGAGAGCUGGCUGCCUGAGUGGAAAUGCUCUCAGUGGAGAAUGGCCUGGACCCUCGGGCUGCCAUCCAGGUCAUCAAGAAAAAGCUGGUGGGAUCAGUGAAGGCUCUCCAGAAGCAGUAUGUGUCCCUGGACACAGUGGUCACCAGCGAAGAUGGAGAUGCCAACAGCAUGUGCAGCGCCCUGGAAGCUGUGUUCAUCCACGGCCUGCAUGCCAAGCACAUCCGUGCGGAGGCUGGAGGGAAAAGGAAGAAGCACACCCCACAGAAGCCUCUGCCUCAGCCUGCUUUCUGGCCCCUUCUGAAAGCUGUCACCCACAAGCACAUUAUCUCAGAGUUGGAGCACCUGGUGUUCAUCAGCACAGACGUGGGCCGCUGCAGGGCCUGGCUACGGCUCGCCCUCAAUGAUGGGCUGAUGGAGUGCUAUCUGAAAUUGCUCUUGCAGGAACCCGCACGCUUGUGCGAAUACUAUCAGCCCACAGCCCUGCUGCGAGAUGCUGAGGAGGGCGAGUUCCUCCUGAGCUUCCUGCAGGGACUGACAUCCUUGUCCUUCGAACUCUCCUACAAGUCGGCCAUCUUAAACGAAUGGACACUCACCCCACUGUCUCUCUCUGGGCUUUGCCCCCUGUCUGAACUCGAUGCUCUCACUACCUCUGGUGCAGAACUACAGCGGAAGGAGUCUCUGGAUUCAAUUUCCCAUUCCUCAGGCUCUGAGGACAUCGAAGUCCAACACUCAGGCCAUAAGAUCCGCAGGAACAGGAAUCUCACUGCCUCCUCCCUCAGCCUGGACACAGGCAGCUCAUCUCAGCUGUCCUGCAGCCUGAACUCUGACAGCUGCCCGCUCCAAGAGAACGGUCCCCAGAGCGCAGACCAUUCUGAUGAACCCAUGUCCUACGACUCAGACCUGGGCACAGCGAAUGCCGAUGACUCCGACAGGUCUCUGCAAGAGGUGUUGUCGGAAUUCAGCAAAGCCCAGGUAAAUUCUGUGUCAAGCAACGGACCAAGCCAAGAGCCGGAGAGCCCCGUGCUCCAUACCCCUCUCUCCCUUCAAAGCCUUGCUGCCAGCACACGCCUGCGCUUUGAGGGGCCUGCAGAGCUCUUUCCUGCCCAUGCAUCCUCUGGGACCCCAACUGGUGUCCACAAACAUCCGCUACUCCCCCAGGAGACCCCAGACGUGCAGCCACUAGACACUGGCCAAGCUGCCCCUGCAGGGAGCCCUUCAGACCAGCUGCCUUCUAGUCCUGUGGGCGGAGCAGGUGGCCAGGGGAGUAGCCAGCCGAAGAAGGCCCUGGAGUAUGGCGGAGUUGGACCGAAGCUUGUGGUUUCCUCUCCUACCAGUCCGAAAGGCAAGAGCUGGAUUUCUGAGGAUGACUUCUGCCAGCCUUCCCAGGAGCACAUCCCUAAAACUGCUUUGGACCUCUCAACAUCUCCUUUGCGAGGGACUCCAGAGACAAGGCUUGCUCUCCAUAGGCAUUUUUCUCAAGGACCAAGGAAGAGCUGUUCCCUGGGAGCAUUAGACAAAGCAUGUGCGUCUUCACUGGACUGCAGAAAUGCCCAGCCAGCUCCAGCAGCAGUGGUGACACACGAUCAUAAAAACUUCUGCGUGGUGCAUCGGAGGCAGAUGGGCUUGUCUAACCCAUUCCGGGGCCUCAUGAAGCUGGGCACAGUAGCCCGGAGAGGAGCCAUGGGCAUCUGGAAGGAAUUCUUUUGUGAGCUGUCCCCACUGGAGCUCCGCCUCUACCUGAGUGAUGAGGAGCGCACCUGUGUGGAAAGCUGCUCCCUGCUACGGUGUGAGGCUGUGGGGCCAGCCCACAGUGACGGGCGUUUUGAGUUGGUCUUCUCUGGCAAGAAGCUGGCACUCCGUGCCUCCUCCCAGGAUGAGGCCGAGGACUGGCUUGACCGCGUGCGGGAGGCUUUGCAGAAGGUGCGACCUCAUCAGGAGGACGAGUGGGUGAAUAUCCAGUACCCAGACCAGCCUGAGGAUGCCCCAGAGGCCCCCCCUGACAGCCUGCCCCCUAACUCAGCCGUGCUCCCAGAGCAUGCAGGUACCCAGGGCAUGCAGUUAGACUGGACAUCUGUCCAGGUUCCAGAACCAGAUGCUAUCAAAGAGUCCCUUUUGUACCUGUACUCAGACCGGACCUGGAUCCCCUAUAUCUUUUCCCUGUCCUUGGAGUCUCUGAAGUGUUUCCGUGUGAGAAACAACGAGAAGAUGCUAAGUGACAGCCAUGGAGUGGAAACCAUCCGAGACAUCCUGCCAGACACCAGCCUUGGGGGCCCAGCCUUCUUCAAAAUCAUCACAGCCAAGGCCGUCCUGAAACUGCAGGCCAAGAACACUGAGGAGGCCGCCCUGUGGAGAGACCUGGUCCGCAAGGUGCUGGCGUCUUACUUGGAGUCAGCGGAAGAGGCUGUGACACUUGGGGGGAGUCUGGAUGAAAACUGUCAGGAGGUGCUGAAGUUUGCCACAAGGGAGAAUGGCUUCCUGCUACAGUACCUUGUGGCCAUCCCCACUGAGAAGGGCCUCGACUCCCAGGGCUGCUUCUGUGCAGGCUGCUCCCGGCAGAUUGGCUUCUCCUUCGUACGACCCAAGCUCUGUGCCUUCUCUGGCCUGUAUUACUGUGACUUCUGCCACCAAGACGAUGCCUCAGUGAUUCCAGCCAGGGUCAUCCACAACUGGGAUCUCACGAAGCGCCCGGUCUGCCGGCAGGCCCUGAAGUUCCUGGCACAGAUCCGGGCCCAGCCCCUUAUCAACCUACAGCUGGUGAACGCCUCUCUGUAUGAGCAUGUGGAGCGCAUGCACCUCAUUGGCAGGAGCCGGGAGCAGCUGAAACUUCUGGGGGACUACCUGGGCCUUUGCCGAAGUGGUGCCCUGAAGGAGCUGAGCAAAAGGCUGAGCCACAGGAAUUACCUCCUGGAGUCUCCUCACAAAUUCAGUGUUGCUGACCUCCAGCAGAUUGCAGAGGGUGUGUAUGAAGCCUUCCUCAAAGCCCUUAUUGAGUUCGCCUCCCAGCAUGUCUACCACUGUGACCUGUGCACCCAGCGAGGCUUCAUCUGCCAGAUCUGCCACCACCAGGAUAUCAUCUUUCCCUUUGAGUUUGACACCACAGUCAGGUGUGCCGAAUGCAGAACUGUCUUCCACCAAAGCUGCCAGGCUGUGGUGAGGAAGGACUGUCCCCGCUGUGCCCGCCGGCGCAAGUACCAGGAACAGAAUGUUGUCAGCUAACCCUGCUGUCCCAAGCUCCCAAGGCCAUUCAGCUGGGUUUGUCGUCAUCUUAGGUGUUCCAUCUCCCUCUUAAGGAAGACUCUCAGGUGCACCCAGAGCUCCAGCCUCCAGAGAAGGCCCAGGAAGUCCCGGUGAUGCCCCUUGGCCCCUUACUACCCUUCUACUCCAGGAGGUGGGGAUCCACCUGGUGCCUCUGCAUAGGGCCUUUCAUUGGCCUGGCUUCCCUAGCUGCCAUGGCAACCUCCGUUAGGGCUGUUCAUACACUGUGGAAACAAAGCUUGGUGAGCAUUUUCAACUCACAUUCCUGAUUAAAAGGUCUAGUUUUUUAAGGUGGGUUCUUCCCCCCUUCAUAUUUAAACAGAAAAUAUUUUUUUAUUCUUGACCUAUCCAAGUCACCUAAGAAAUGCAACCCUUCCUCCGAGCAGGUGCACAAGAGCAGCCCCAGCCCAGAGGCAGAUAUGGAGCUGGGUGGACAGGCCGUUGUGGGUCAGCCUGUCGGGAGACUGGGUGCCUUUCCUUUGCCCUUUCUGGCACAGACUGCCAAGAGCACAAGAGUCACAUGCCAAGUGGCCCACCAUUGCAGGGCUGGUCAGCUUCAGCAGCCACCUUCCCUUGCAUCGUGCUCUCACCUGGAAAGCCCCUUCCUCUGUCAGAGCCCCUUAGCUCCUUUCUGGUGUGUGAGCACAGCAGGAGCAGGGGGUGACCAACACCAGCACUGUCAGCACUUUGGGCCUUCCUUGUUCAUGAAGGCCAUGGUCUCGCCCACCUCAUCACCAUGCACUCCUUAGUCCUGCAGAGUGGAGUAGGCUAGACACAGAGAGGCUCCAGGCUCCUAGUGUGGAGAAGAGGUGCCAUCCUUCAGCUAUAGAGAGAGGGACACGCCCAGAAGCUGCCUUGGAGAAGCUUCAUCAGCCCUAGUCUCACGAAGCCUUGAGCUCAUAAAACGUCUUCAGUUUUCACCUUGCCCAGCAGGACACUGCAGUGCCCA